AUGGAGACGCAGAGUAUUUACUGUGCGCAAACAGCAACUAAAGUGAUCUUGUCGACAAUAAAGGUACAUGCAUACGAUUCAGAGGGCAAGGUGCAAGCUUGUCGUGCGUUACUGGACCCUGGAUCGCAAACUAACAUAUUAACCACGAGCUUGACUAAUAAACUCAAGUUAGUCUGCAAUAAAGAAGAGCGGCCCAUCACUGGAAUAGGACGAACAGAGACGAGGUUCUGGACUCAAGAAGAGACACCGGGAACUCCACAACUUUCGGAAGAAGAAAGGAAGUGUGAGCAGCUGUUUAAAACCACAUUCAAGAGAGACGAAACAGGAAGAUUCUUGGUGCGUUUGCCAGCACGAACGGACGUGAGACUUGGAAACUCGAGAGAGUUUGCGCUCAAACGCUUCAUCUCAUUAGAAAGGCGAUUAGCUAGAGAUCCGGACUUGAGGUUGGAAUAUUGCAAGUUUAUGCAGGACUAUCUCAGCCAAGGACACAUGACAUUGGUUGAGGACGAGAAUCAGAAGUCAGAGCACUACGUACUACCACAUCAGGCGGUUGUACGCCCAGAUAGCGUAACGACGAAACUGCGGGUGGUAUUUGACGCCUCCGCAAAGACGACAGCGAAUACGUCGUUGAACGACAAGCUUAUCGCAGGACCGAAUCUGCAAGGGAAUUUGAUCAGCAUAAUACUUCGGUUCAGAACAUACGAGCACGUUGUGACAGCGGACAUAGCGUCCAUGUUCAGACAGAUCCUGGUUGCCGAAGAAGACCGAUCGUUACAGCAAAUACUUUGGCGGAGUAAUCCCGAGGAACCCGUGAGGAGAUAUCAGUUGAAUACCGUAACAUACGGUACAAACUGUGCGCCCUAUCUGGCAAUAAGGUGUCUAAGACAAAUAGCUGAAGACGACGGAGGUGAUCUACCACAAGCAGCGCACGCGAUCAUCGAAGAUUGCUACAUGGAUGAUGUCCUCAGUGGAGCAAGAACAGUGGAAGAGGCGAUUGA